CUGAACACCGGCGAAUAUCGGUGUCCAUUUUUCCAAGAAGAAAGUGAGGUGAAGUCAGUGAACGGCACAAACGUGGUCAUGCUCUUCAUCGGUGCAGAAAGCUGCAGUCCGAUUUACACAGACUGGGCCAACCACUACCUGGCCAAGUCCGGCUGUCCACGUCUUAUCAAAGACCUGAGCCAGGACGUCACCGAUGGAGUCUUGCUGGCACAGAUCAUCCAGAUCAUAGCAAAUGAAAAGGUGGAGGCUAUCAAUGGCAGCCCCAGGAGCCAGUCACAAAUGGAAAGUCAAGUUUAUUUCUAUCUAUCUAUCUAUCUAUCUAUCUAUCUAUCUAUCUAUCUAUCUAUCUAUCUAUCUAUCUAUCUAUCUAUCUAUCUAUCUAUCUAUCUAUCUAUCUAA